AGUGACGUCAUUAAAAGCGACGGACACUAAAGCCCCACUUCAAGCCGUCACUAGGCAGUGAAUGAGCGGAGAGGCAGUGGGAGAGUUUCGAAAGGAUUAUCGACAUAAAGAAAGCAAGAAAGACUGACGGUAAGAAGCUUCCAUUUACUCUGUCUAGAUGGAUGUGAAAGAGGAGACGUGUGAGGCUGACAUAGAUUUCAUAGAGCAGAGGAUCAUCAAUAUUAAGGAGGAGGACUGCGAAUGGGAGCUUGUCCACCCUAUGCAAGAGACUCCCUGCAUUAAGGAUGAGGAAUGUGAACAGGGGUCAAUGGACAUUAAAGAGGAGGAGUCUGCCAGCAUUGAGACUCUCAUCUAUAAAGAUAUGGAGAGUGUCAAGGAAGAAGACGACCUUCAUUAUGGGUGCCAAGAUGGCAUGAUGACUGGGCUUGUCUCGUCUCAAAGCAGAAACCAUUCAUCUACGAAGCUUUCUGUCAAUGUGAAGUCUGAAUUGUUACAGUUGGACACAAGGAGGACCGAGGAAAUUUUAUCUGCUACAACUCUGGAAGAUCAGCCACCACCUUUAAAUACAUCUGGAGAAAGAGACAAGCCUCACUGCUGUCCUGAAUGUGGCAAACAAUUCUUUCACAGGAGGAAUCUAAAGAGACACAUACAAAUUCACACCGGAGAGAAGCCAUAUGGCUGUUCUGAGUGUGGUAAACAAUUCUCGCGAAUGACCAGUCUACAGCGACACACAAAAGUUCACACAGAAGAGAAGCCAUAUUGCUGUUCAGAGUGUGGGAGACAGUUUUCAGAAAAAGCCACUCUUUCCAGCCACCAAAGGCUUCAUACGGAAGAGAAGCCAUAUUGCUGUUUUGAAUGUGGCAAACAAUUUUGUGACAAGAGUACUCUCCGGAAACAUGCUAAAAUUCACACUGGAGAGAAACCAUAUUGCUGUCUGGAAUGUGGAAAAGGAUUCUUACGAACCAACAGUCUUAAGGUCCACAUAAGAAUUCACACCGGAGAGAAGCCAUAUUUCUGCACGGAAUGUGGCCGACAAUUCUGUGAUAAGAGGAAUCUUCAGAGCCACAUAAGGGUUCACAGUGGAGAGAAGCCUCAUUGCUGUUCUGAAUGUGGCAAACAAUUCUUGCGACUGUCCAAUCUACAGACACACGCCCAAAUUCACACUAGAGAGAGGAUGUAUUGCUGUUCUGAGUGUGGGAAACCGUUUAAACAAAGAAGCGCUCUCUUGAGUCACAAAAAAAAUCAUACAGGAGAGAAGCCAUAUUCCUGUUCUGAAUGUGGAAGAGGAUUUUCCCGUAUGGUCCAUCUGAAACGCCACAUGAGAAUUCACACUGGUGAGAAGCCAUAUUAUUGUUCUGAAUGUGGGAAAGGAUUUUCUCAGAUGAGCCAUCUCCAAACCCACAUACGAGUUCACACUGGAGAAGAAUACUCCAAAUGGAAAGGCAAAAAAAUAACCAAGUAUCAAGAAUUGCAAUCCGAGAUGAGCCAGAUGGGAAAGUAAACAAGAUUGUGCCAGUGGUGCUGGGAUCAAAAGGUCUUAUCAGGGGGAAAAAAAAAAAAAAUCCAGGUGUAUCUGGAAAUCCUACUAAUUACUGUAAAUCCAUGUGACCGGCAAAUGAAGCAUUAUUAGGAACAAUGCAGGAGCUAUGCCAAACUUGAGGGAGCAAGAAAUAAACAGUGCAGACAAACUAUCCAGGGUAAAAUAUACGGUUCAUUCCUGUCUUGGCAGCUGCCAAACCAAAAAAUUUAGAGAAAUUUACCCCGAGAGAAACCAUAUUGAUUUUUGGAAUGUAGCAUUGGAUUCUCCUGAACCAACGGUGCUCAGUGCCACCUAAGAAUUCACGUGGGAGAAAAACCAUAUUGCUGUUCAGAAUGUAAUCGCCAAUUCACAAAAAUGAAAUUCACAAUUCAGAAAAACAGCAUGGCUGUUCUUAAUGUGGAAAACGUUUAUCAGAAAACUGCAAUUGUCAGAACCACUAGAGGCUCAUGUGGUAAAGAAGCCAUAUUGCCAUUCUGAAUGUGGCAGAACAUUAUUGAAAGUGAGUAGUAUUGACACAAACACAAAUAAUUCAGAAGGGAGAGAAUCCUUAUUGCUGUUCUUGUGUAGGAAACAAUUUUCACGUAUGCAUUAGGCUAGACUUCACAAGGGAGAAAGAGGGGAUACAAGAAAAAAAACUGAAGGUCCUGCAUGGAGAGGUUGCACUAAUUUAAAGCUUUCAUAGGAGUAAGAACACAGUCCUAGAGAACAUGUAAAGGUUGAAAUGGUAGUAUUGCAUAUUAACAUCUGAGGACCUCGCCUUCAAGAUGGCAAACAAUAAACUCAGAAUUCUGUCGAGGGCACAAAAACUUUAAGAAGAUAAACAGAACCGCAAAGAAAUGGCACAAAACAGGCAAUUUAAGGAUCAUCCAAAAGGGUCCAAUAGAAUCUGAAGUGGGGUGACCCAGAAAGUUACUCUACCAACAGACUAUUAGGAGCACUCGCAGGUACUCGAGUGUCGAGUGAGCAAGAGGACCGGGAGAUGAGAAGAUCACUGGAACCUAAUGUAGUCAAGAGAGUUCCGAGAUGAUGUCCAAGGAUGAUCCCUAACCCUGCCCACAAUGCCCAGCGUAUGUGCCCUAAGAGCAGACUGCGGCCAGGAGGUGGUCUCUCAUUCUGACCAGACAUUCACCGAGGACUGAGCUCCUACAUGAUUUAAACCUUUGGCUCCAGAUGGCAAACCUUUUCAUGUUCUGCUGUUGUCACCCAGCAUUUUUAUUUUGCCACAGCACACUUUGUUUCUGAUUUCUUAUUCAAUAGUCUAUGGCUCCUUUAUACCAAUGGCAACACACCUGCGUCAUUGCCCAGUGUGACUGGGGCGGCCGGGUCAGAAGUUUUCUUUCUUUUUAGUCAUUUUGGUGUAUAUUUAUUUGCUUAUGGAUUUAUUGAGCU